AUGCGUCAGAGGAGGGCAGAGCUAGUGGGUGGAGAGCUCCGCUCUGAAGUCCCGCCCACUCGACACCCGGCUCAGCUCCGGAAACGGGGCCUGGGCGGGGUGGGGAGGCGGGACGGGGAGGCGGGGCCUGGGAGGGGCGGGCCGAGCGCGCGGCCCCGGUCCCUCCCACCCGCGCCGGCGUGCGGGAACCCCCGGGUCCUCUGCACCCGCCGGCGCUCGCCGCACACCGUGGCCGGGGUGCUGGCUCUGCUGGUUCCCGCCGGCAGAGCGUGCGCCCGCCUCCGGCCCCGGGCCACCUGGGUGCUGGGCACCGCCGCCCGGUGCGCUCCGCCGCCCUUGGCCUUGGCCUCGCUCCGCCCUGGGCCAGACGCCCGGCUUCUGCGCACGGCCCGCGGGGACAGCCGCGACCGCAUGGACCCCGGCAGACCCACCGAGACAGGCAGCCAAGCCGGCAGCAUGGAGGACCAACAGCAGAGCAGAUCCCAGCAGCUGAAGAAGGUUUUCCAAGAAUAUGGGGCUGUGGGCGUGUCACUGCACAUUGGGAUCUCACUGGUCUCCUUGGGGAUAUUUUACACGGUCGUUUCCAGUGGCAUAGACAUGUCUGCAGUCCUGCUUAAACUUGGCUUUACAGAGUCACUGGUCCAGUCUAAAAUGGCAGCAGGCACCAGCACCUUCGUGAUGGCCUACGCAAUCCACAAGCUCUUUGCGCCCGUCAGGAUCAGCAUCACUCUGGUGUCAGUGCCCUUCCUCGUCAGAUACUUCCGCAGAGUGGGGCUUCUUAAACCUCCAGCCUCGAAGCCUUGAACACUUCUUCUGUGGCCCCUGAAAGCCAGUUUAUUCUAAGUUGCACAAUUUGGAAUGGUUUUAGGGCUGUAGGGUGGGGCAGGGAGCUAAUUGCUAUAUUCCAGUGGAUUAAUUUUACCUUUGCCAGGAAAAAUCCGGUGUUUUAAAUUUUAUAUGAUUUUUAGUGCUGUUCUUCAUAGAGUCAUAUACAUAACCCAAAAUGCCAGCAAAGCAUCCAAAUGAAUAAACAGCUGACCUGGUGGCACAGGUCUGUAACCCCAGCUGUCCCAAGGCUGAAGCAGGAGGAGCUCAAGUUCAAAGCCUGCCUGAGUUUGAGUUUAAAGUCAGCUUAGGCAAUUUAGUAAGACCAUUUCAAAAAGUAAAUCAAGGGCUAGGGAUAUAGUUUGGCAGUAGAGGAUUUGCCUAGUAUGAGACCCUAAAUUCAAUCCCCAGUAACACACACACACGAGUUAGCUUUAAAAUGUUCCUUCUUAAUCAGUGGGGCAGAUGGGGUUCCUAUCUGUAAAAGCCCUUGAGGGGGGAAUCUUUGCUCAAGUUCUGAAAGAAGCAAUGAUUAAUUUGCUGGCUUUUAAAACUCACCCUCUUUUUUUGGCAGCAGCCUGCAGUUUAAUAUGACAGUCUGCAAACAACUCGGGCAUUAGUGAAGCAGCAUUUAACACUGGUGUCCACGCGCCACACUACACUGCUGCUAACACUUGCUUUGGGGGAAGAAAACCAAGUACUUCUAGUAUAUCCUUCACUGAUUCCAGAACACCUUCAAAUCCGGAUGUGACAGGGCUGUCUGAAAUUUCAUUAGUUCAGGUCAGUACUCAAACACGGCAUCACUUGCCUUCGGGUGUCUGUAUUGGGGCAGUUGGAUGCUGUGCAUACAGAGAAAGCUAACAACAGCUUUGACAAUCUGCCCAACCGUCCCAAACUUCAGGCAUUCCAGAGCUGAUGCAGGGUUACAGUGUCACUGGGCAUCUAUUUUUAAUUGAAUUAAAUCAUUUGCACAAAACAUUUGUACCUGUUCCUUAAAACAGGAAAAUAACACUUGUUCUAACUGGAAGACAACCGUGAAAUACCACGAGCUGGGGAGGUGGCAGAAGGGCAGGUGUUAUGGUCUACAAGGAUGAGGCUUCCUCCUCCAGGUAGCCCGGAGCAGUUAGAGCAUCACUCGACAUGCCUUUGGGCCGACGCUGGUACAGGGCGCCUGCUCCACCUUGGGGAGCCGGUUUUGGCUCUGCUCAGCUGCAAAAUGAAAGGACUUGCCAAGUGAAUGCAUUUUACUACGAUCUGCCAGCUUUGGUCUCGGCCACAUUUACCUGUCAGUCAUCCAUAGUCAACAUUCAAAAGAAUUGAGAUAUAGUUUCCACUUACAAGAUAUUUAAAGUGGAAUUGCGUUUUUAUUUUUUCCUUUUAAAGCAGCCCACUGCCAAAAGCUUUUACUCAUAUAAAAUCAGAAUGCCUUUCUGGAAACUAAUUCCAAGGACAUCGUGUGUAGCUGAGCUAGAUGCCCUAUGCCAGUGCUGGGCAAUUCCUCACAUAGACUGGACAUAGCUUCCCUAUCUUACCAAGUGUUUUAACCUCCAUGUUAGCUCUGGGCUCUGGUCCAUCUAUCUCUCCCAUUCAGGUCCCUCAUACCUAUGCAAAGAAAAAUAUUGAAAGGACAAAGCAAUAAAAUGAAUGGUUCCAAUAGCCAUAUCCCAACUCUCCAAGCCCCAACCCUACCCCACACCCGUGGCCAGUAGCCAGAACUGAGGACGAGGUCAAAGGACCAGGGAACUUAAGCACUAUGAAUUCACCAGCAAGAUGCAGAUUUGUCUAGUUUUUGGUGGAACUAGGGCAGUGAAACUGCUAUUUUAAAAAUGUAAGUAUUGUUCACCUAUAGUUUUUUAGUGACAAAGUGAGCAGCUUAGAUUCUAUGGAACAAAUAAACAUCUUUGUACCA